AUGGCGUGCGCUGGGCCGACGGAUGGAGCGGUUAGCGGGCGGGCUGAGGCCGCGGCUCCCGAGUGGCGACUGCCGCCUCGGGAGCGCUCGCUGAUGGAUAUCGGCGACCAGCUUCACCGCUGGAAUCGCGUGAAGAGCCAGCUGAAUUUGCAGAGCGACGAGGCGAUGGCCCGGACCCUGCUGGAUGCGUUUGUAAAGAUCCACAUGAGCCACGCCAGCCCUAGCCAGAACGAGCUUGAAGCCUCUUGCGCUGAAGAAGUUGUGGUGACUCAUGCUGCCCUUGGGAAAGGUGAUGCUGUCCACAACACCAGCUCCUUCUGGCCUCCGGCAGCUGUCAGUAAAGUACGAAGGCUUGCAGUCCGCACCCAGUCAUGGAAGAAAGGUCGCUCUGAGGAGUCAAAGCACAAGGGCAGGAGGUCCCGGUCAGAAAGAAGUGCCAGGCAUGGAACAGCUGGUGGCUGUCCUGUUUUUCCAAAGGUUGGAUCUGAUAACACUGGGCAGACGGCUGAGCGGGUGCCACUGGCGAGGCUGCCCUUGCCGCUGGAAGAAGCCAGCCGAGAUGUGCGGAGGCGACAGAGACACAAGAUCUUCAUCGGAGACCAGCGAGUUCGUUGGAAUUCUCUGAAGACUCGUCUCGAGGUGAGGAGCGACGAGGAAAUGGCCAAGAUUCUGCUGGACGUCUUUAUAGAAAAUCAGAUGAAUCAGCCAGGGCCGAGCUGUGAUUUCCUGGAAGCUGCUCCUGACGAGAGAGCGGCUAUCACUUGCGAUACAGUCACAGAACAAGAUGAUUUGGACAGCUUCCCCUCGUCUCAGUCAGCAGGCUCGGAAUCGACAGUCACCUUGUCACAUCCCAGCAGCAUCGACAGUUUCGAGGAGGACGCUGACGCCGACCUCUUCAGUGGCACGGACUCUCCGUCAGGGAGCAGCAGCAGGCUUCCUGCUGCAGCACACAGAAGAGCCAGAACCCUGCUGGCUAAUCACGAGUUGCGGUCAGAGAAGGAGGAGGGAGAAUGGGAGCUGGGCAGCAAGAACCACAAGUUCAAGCGCUGUACGUUCAGCAGCAAAGUGUCGGAUCAGAGGAAUAAUGAGAUGGAAUGGAUAGAGUCUUCAAAGGCACUUGCCAAGGAGCCAGAGCGGCAUCACUCUCUCGAUAGGGAAAUCAUUGCUGUCUGCAUCGGGGAAGGGGGUGUCCCAACCUGUGCUACAAUCAAGAAAGAGCAAGAGGAGUUGUACAGUCUGCCUUCGCCAGCGGCGUCUGCCUUCUCUGGGACCACGGUGACCCUGUCACAUCCGAGCAGUGAUGUCAGCCUUGAAGAGGAGUGCUUGGUCAACACAACAGUGGCAUCAGAGAGUGAGACCGAGGGGACAGAGAUGGUGACCAACCGAAGAAAGAGACCUGCCUUCCCAGAUGAAGACUCCAAGGGCAGCAAUGUGCGGUGGGAUCGUCCCGGGCUGUUGGACAUUGGAGCAGAGAUUGAUCGUUGGAACUUUGUGAAGGGUUACUUGAAGCUAAAGACCGACGAAGAGAUGGCUGGGGUGUUACUGGACUUAUACAUGAAGACACACGCAAGUCCACCCCAUCCACUGACUUCAUUUCCUGUGUUUGUGAAGAAAGUGUGAGAGGCUUCCCCCAGUAGUAAGGUCGAGCAGAGCGGAGCAGCGCGGUGUUUGCAGCCACGAAUGGUUAGCACGGCCGGCACCAGUGAGCCAGGAACUGCCUGCUUUUGCGGCCCAGGAUCAGAGUUGGGAGCUAGCACAUGGCACCCAGGCAGGUACUGCUUUGCAGAGCUUCACAUUAUACAGCACAGGCACGGGCUCUUAGCGUCUGACCUCGUCCAUGCCAGCCACACCUACACUGAUUCCAUUUGCUUCAAUUAAGCCUGUUCAGAGGUUCCUAAUCUUUUUUAUGCCAUGGACCCCUACCAUUAACCGAGGGAUCUGUGGACCCCAAGUUGGGUACCCCUGCUCUAGAAUCACAGAGUGAUGCAACACAGAAAUAGGCACCCUGGCCCAAUUUGUCCAUGCUGAACAAAAUGUCCACCAAGCUAGUCCCAUUUACUUAUGUUUGGUCCAUGUUCCAAUAGACAUUUCUUAUCCAUGUACCUGCCUGAAUGUCUUUUAAACAUUAUCAUUAAGACCAUAAGACAUAGGAGCAGAACUGGCCGUUCAGCCCAUCUAGUCUGCUCUUCCAUUUCAUCUUGACUGAUUCAUUAUCCCUCUCAACCCCAUUCUCGUACCUUCUCCUAGUAACCUUUGAUCUGCCUCAACUGCUUCCUCUGGAGUCUCAUUCCACGUACCCAUCUCUGCCUGAAGAUGUCCUUAAAUCCUUAAGCUUAUGCCCUCUUGUUUCUGUUUCCCUUCCCUUGGCAGGGGAUCUCUUUGCUCCUUUUCUAUGCAAGUACGUACCCAGUGCCUUUCAAACAUUAUUUUGUAUCUACCUCCACCACCUCCUCUGGCGGCUUGUUCCCAUUCAGAUUAGUUCAUUGUCAGCUUCAGGGUGUAAUGAAAUCCCUUGUUCACGGAGUAAAUGGCAUACUUGGUAAUAAUAAAUACAGUGACGAGCAUAAAACAGCAGAAAGGUACAAAGACUGUAAUUCAUUGUAAUGUCUGACACCUCUGAUCUUGUAUAAAGGCAUCCGUUAGUCCUGCGAGACCAUGGAUCUGCACCUGGAAAGUCUUCACUCUCCUUGGUAAGGUUGUAUGGAAGACCAGCAGCUGCCCAUGCUGCAAGUCUCCCCUCUCCACCACUCCAAUGUUGUCCAAGGGAAGGGCAUUAGGACCCAUACAGCUUGGCACCAGUGUCUUCGCAGAGCAUUGUGUGAUUAAGUGCCUUGCUCAAGGACACAACACGUUCCCUCAGCUGGGGCUCGAACUCAUGACCUCAGGUCGCCAGUCCAAUGCCUUAACCACUUGGCGAUGUGCCCACACUCUGAUCUUUUAAGUUUCACCUUAAACAUGUCAGUCCUUUGUGUUCUGGA